AUGGCUUUGAACACGUCAAAGGGAGUCGUGUAUUGUAAGGACUUGUUAAAUUGUACCAUUGAAGAGAUAAUCGAAAAUUUACAAUCCCAGGGUGUCAUUGGCGUUAGGCGUAUAAGAACGAAACGCGACGGAGAGCUUCACGAUACUCCUAACCACAUUCUUACCUUCAACGUUCCGCGUUUACCUAAAUCAAUAAUGGCCGCAUUUUAUCCAUUGCAAGUACGUCCUUACAUACCUAACCCCUUAAGAUGCUUCAACUGUCAGCGUUUUGGACACUCCGCCACAAACUGUAAACAGGAGAAGAGAUGUGUGUGUGGAAAAUCCCCGCACGAGGGUACUCUAUGUGAAAUUCCUGUGGAGUGCCCAAAUUGUAAAGGACCCCAUAAAGCAAUUGCAAAAUCCUGCGAAGUUUACAAGCAGGAAAUGAAAAUUCAGGAAGUAAAGAUAUUGCACAAGUUGUCGUACCCUGAGGCGAAGAAAAAGGUGGACACCCUAGUGGUGCCUAGCAUGUCAUUCGCGCAGGUAACCGCUGCGUCACCUUCAAAUCACUCUAAUACUGUGCCUGAAAUCAGAAAAAUAAUACAGGAAGAGAUGAAAAGUUGCAUGAAGGUACUUACCACCAAAAUCGAACAACUUUCUCGACAUGCAUCUGGACUUCAUAAAUCAAAGCCUAUCUCGCAAGUAAGCGAAACAAGUAUUCAGUUCUUAGAGCCGACCACUGCAUCGGAAGUUGAGACCAUGGACGUGGAAACGCGAGGGUCAAAGCGUAGGAUGUCAUUAGCUAGGACAAGGUCCUCCAGCAUCACCUCUGUCGAUUCGCAGACAGUGCAGGAGGCCAAACAACAAAAGAAAAAGAAAGGUUGGCCAAAAGGCAAGCCCAGAAUGCCUCGUAAAACGGCAGGUGAUCCGCAAAUUUUUAGUCAGUAA